GGACGGGGAGAAGCAGAGGCUCCUGAGGCGGCGCCUGGACGGGACGGACGUCUCCCCGGAUCGCAGCUGAUGGCUCCGCCGCUGGUGCUGCCGCUGCUGCUGCUGCUGCUGGUGCAGACCGGACACCCUGUGGCCAAGGCCCCUUCCCGGCCCCGCAGAGGAAUCCUCCAGCUGGCCGGGAUGGUCCAGUGCACCACAGGCCGAACUCCCCUGGCCUAUAUCCGUUAUGGGUGUUACUGUGGCUGGGGAGGCCACGGCUGGCCCAAGGACCAGGUCGACUGGUGCUGCUUUAAGCAUGACUGUUGCUAUGGAAAGGCGGAGGAGGAGAACUGUGCCCCCAAGAUGCGGAGGUACCCCUGGGAGUGCAGGGACAGCAAAGCCAAGUGCGACGACAUUGAAGACAAGUGCCAAAAGAUGGCUUGUGAGUGUGACCGCAGUGCAGCCAAGUGCCUGGCAAAAGCCCCCUACAACGUGACCUACUUGUUCUGGCCAGAGGCCCAGUGUGGAGAGAGGAGCCCCGCGUGCCCAGACGACUGA